AUGGCCCUUGCUAAAUGCCAGCCUCCAGAGCCUCCGCCGCCUCCUCCGUGCCCUUCAGAUGCCGACCGAAAUCGUUUUGGCUUCUCGGGCGAACAAACGGCGACCUUCGCUCAAAAUGGGCCACUUGCCACGCUGUCACCCAAUAUUCAUUGGUCAUACGACACCAGGCCGGCCGCUAACGUUAUCCCAGUCGCACCCAGCCAUGGGUCGCAAAUGUACUAUGGAAUUGGAGUCAAUCUAGACCACUGCGAUCAUGUGGCAUCGAUUGACUACAGAACAGAAGUUUUGACCGUCAAGUUCAACUCUGAGGAGGCCUACUGGAAUGCGAUCGACACUUGGACUAGCAAGGACGGUCUGAUUCUGAUUGCCUUCGCCAAGGGUUGCGGCGACUAUUCUAAAGGCGAGAGGUGCUACUUCCAAGUCUCCGACUUGGAUUUCGGCUCCCCUGGUCUUGUUAUAACGGCCAUUGGGCGAUCAAGCCAUCCAGACGACGUUAUAACCUCUGGUGAGACCGAGUGGGGCUCCGUUCCAUCAGAUGGCUCCUCGUCAGGGUCAGGUGGCGCGGCCGGAGCACCAGGGGGUCCCCCACAGCCGGAAAACGGAGCGUCACCGUCAAUCCCCGCGGCACCACCAAGCUUAGAAUCACCUGGACUUGCACCUAAUCAGCCCGGUUCGCCCAAUCCCGCCGCAACACCUGGUGCUAACGCCGCACAACCAAACGUGGCUGCUCCGCCAGGUGGUCCGGCAGCAGACGCAGCGGCAGCGGCAGCAGCAGCAGCAGCAGCAUCCUCCACUCCGUCUCCUAUGCCCGCUGACGUUAGUGCCAGCGGUUUGAAUAACGUCCGAGCUUGUGUUGGACCGCCCGAUACUAGGUUUGGUCUUCUGACUGCCUGUGCAGGAGAGUUCUUUGACGAGGAUCUUGACGAUGGCCUCGGUUAUGCUGCUUUAAGCCCUGAGAACCGACAGUUCGUGCUUGAUCUUGCGCCUGAUUUCCUCGAGGAGUCUAUCCCAGGUGAAUUUGGCAUGGAUCUCGACCCCAAUGACCCAUUCUUCAAGAAGCGUCAACAACGGCACCGUAAGCGUAUCUGGGGGGCACUUCGUAGAGCCUUCAACAAGCAUAUUGUCCAGCCUAUCAAACGAGGAUACCAAGCUGUGCAGCAAGCGCUAUCCAUCGGCGGCAGUAUCAACAAGGACUUUUCUUGGAAGGUGCCUAAUCCCCAAUCGUCUAACCCCGAUGAUAAAAAGCUGCGAGACCCCGGUGCCAAGCAAGCGGUCUCGCCUUGGGGUGACGCCAUCCUCCUCAAGACCUUCACAUCACAGGGGCAGAAUACCAAUGGCUUCAUGAACAUCUACUGUGUUGGCUGCGGCGUGUCUGGAAACGCCAAGAUUGCCGGUCGAGCUCGUUGGACUCCACUUGGCGGCUUUCUCGAAGGCCAGGUCGAUGUCCGGACAGAUAUCAAAUUCGUCCUGAAGCUUGGAAUUGACGCCGAGAUCACUUAUUCCCGAGAAUUCACUUCAGACCUAAUCAACGUGGGCCUUCCAGGUCUCUCCUAUGGAGUGGUUACUAUCGGACCUCGCAUCUCUGUGGGCACAAGGGUUGGGAUUCAAGCAGCGGCAAAAGGAAGGCUCCUUGCUGGUGCGGAGAUGGGAUUGCAGGACGCCCACGUUCUCAUUGACUUUGUUAAUUCUGGACGAAGUACAAAGAGCGGAUGGGAGCCUUAUUUCAAGCCUGUGUUCGAGGCCCAGGGCGAGCUAAUGCUCUCCGCCUCUCUCGGACUACCAAUUGGCAUCAAGUGUGGUAUCCAAAUCAGCACAUGGGAUAAGUCUGUCGGUGUCGUUGACGAGCCAUCUAUCAAAGGCGUUGCUCAAGUCGCAGCCUCGAUUGGCCUUGCGGGUUCGACAUUUGUAGGCGGGUUCACCGAGACCAACGGAUGUACCGGUAUUGCCACGCAGAUAAGCUGGCGUAACAGGCUGUACAUCGACAUCCUGGGAAUCAAGCAGAUACCUCUGCUAGAUACCAACGACAGGCCUCUAGCCAGAGGUUCUCCCCCUCCCCCUCCCGCCCUCCCCGCCUCAGAAACAAAUCAAAAUACUCCACCAACUGAGCCUAACCCUGAGCCAAAUGCUCAACCACCAGCCUCGGAACCCGCGCCCGCACCCGCCACUCCUAACCCUGAGUCAAAUCCUCCACCUCCAGCCGCAGAACCCGCACCUGGCACUCCAGCCGAGGGAACUCCUCCUGAGAGAAGAAGUCUGGACCCCAGGCAGGCUGGAAACGGAGUCACAGAGGUGCCAGUAAGCAACUCUGGUCCGACGGACCUCUCCUAUAGUUCUGGCUCGGUUGGAAACGAUCCCUACUUCGACAGCGCAGGGCGUGAGUUCGCCAUGCUCAUCGACCCCACGGGAUCGACGAUGGUCAUCUCCUGCAGCAACGGCAACAUGUACCCCGUUCGGUCCGAUAGCCCGGACAACGACUUCUGCUCCGAGCUGUGGGCAUCCGUUGAAGAUGUCCUCAUCUACGAUGGUGCGCAGCGCCUGAUGCACUACUACAGCAACACCAUGUCUAAGCUCGGCGUAUCCCGAGUCCGCGUUGAGGCCGAGCUCGAUGCGCCGGUCGGCAGCGUUUUGGUCGCAUGGGCGCCAUACUAUGAUCCUCCCGGGUCAAACGAGUACUUCUACGUCGCCAUAGACCCUGCCGAUGAGAUUUAUUACCCGAUUGCUUGUGACUACUCAGACGGAACUGCGUCAAAGAUAUUCUUGGCUCUGGACCCUGUGGAGGGUGUCAAAACUUUGAUGAGCGAUGAUGUGAUUUACUCCGUCACAGGUGGCAAGGUGAGCAGCUGCCAGCCUCUGGUUUUGAACCAAGGCACCAGACAGGCCUAG